AUGGCUCCCAACGAUACCGAUCACUUCAACGCGUGGAUUGAAACCUUUGGCCCGCUGGGGCCUUCGCCAGAAGCCAUAAAUGUCAUCGAAAUCAGCUACCCAGACCUGGGAAUUUCCCAAGCUAAACGCGAACAUGUCUCCACUGGCCCUACUGGAGAGAUUCCAUUCGAGUACAUCAGUUCUAACACGAAAACAUAUUAG